AUGCCUGAUAGCCCCAUAAGUAAAAAACAAAAGAUAACAGAAAGUCGAGAUGAAGAUAAGAAAAUUAACAACAAUAUUAUAAUUAAUCAUAACAAUCGUGAUAUAAAUAGAAGCCAUGUUGAUGAUGCUGAUAUUACAAUUGGACCUUAUCAAGGGCAAGAAAAACAUAUUCAGCCCCAAUCCCAAGAUAGACAUGGUAGAUCUCGUACCCCCAGAAAGUUGAUUGUAAGUUCUGCAGACCAUAGAUUCACUAUGUCUCAGCCAAAUUUAUUAAGUGCGGAUUCACAAACUCCAUCCUUACAGCACCCGAGUGUAUCUACAGGUCGAGAGCAUAAGUUUUAUUCACAAUCGCCACCUAGAUCUCCACAUAGGUCGCCUGUCAGAUCUCCUAAAAAAGCUUUGGAAUUGAUCCAGCUAUCUCCAAUCAAAAACAACAGAGCAGAAUUACAGAAGAUGUAUGAAUUACAACAAACUCAAAAACGUACGAUAAGAUUAGUUAUUGAAAGAUUGGUACUGACGAACUUUAAAUCGUAUGCAGGUAGACAGGUUGUGGGCCCAUUCCAUACAAAUUUUUCAGCUGUAGUGGGUCCUAAUGGUUCUGGUAAAUCAAAUGUGAUCGAUUCAAUGUUAUUUGUCUUUGGUUUUAGAGCUAAUAAGAUGAGACAAGGGAAGUUGAAAGAUUUGAUUCAUAAAUCUGAGAAAUAUCCAGAACUAUCAUCGUGCUCUGUAGAAAUUCAUUUCCAGUAUGUGAUUGAUGAUCCUAAUGGCGGACCAUCAAAAAUUGAUGAAUCUAAAGAAAAAUUAGUUGUUAUGAGAAAAGCUUUCAAGAAUAAUUCUUCAAAAUAUUACAUUAAUGAUAAAGAAAGUAGUUUUACACAAGUAACGACAUUAUUAAAAAACGAGGGAAUUGAUCUAGAUCAUAAGAGAUUUUUAAUCUUACAAGGGGAAGUAGAAAAUAUUGCUCAAAUGAAACCAAAAUCUGAAAAGGAAGGUGAUGAUGGACUUUUAGAAUAUUUAGAGGACAUUAUAGGAACUUCUCAUUAUAAAGUUCAAAUUGAACACAACUUAAGUAAAGUUGAAGCUUUAAAUGAAAUAUGUAUCGAAAAAGAAAAUAGAUUUAAUAUCGUUGAAAAGGAAAAAGAUUCAUUGGUUGAUGGCAAAAAUGAAGCUUUGAAAUAUUUAGCUAAUGAAAAAAAUUUAGUUCUUGCUAAAUCAAAAAAAUAUCAACAUCAAUUAUAUAUUGAUAAUAAAAAAUUAACUUCCACUCUAGCCAAGAUUACUGAUGCUCAAGAAAACUAUGAUAAAGAAUUGGAAAAAUACUCAACUAUCAGUAAAGAAUUAAAAAAUUUACAAGAUGAAGAAAUAACACUAAAUAAAAGAUUAAACGAAACAAAAAAAUAUGAAGAAAAACUCCUUUCUAAUCAGAGAAAAAAUAACUCAGAAUUAAUAUCCACUCAAGAAAUGAUUAAAAAUAUUGAAAAGAAAAAGGAUAAUGCAGAAAAGUUGGUCAAUACUACAGAAAAAUCUAUUACUCAAACUAAUAAUAAAUUAGAAACAUUAAAUAAUCAACAAGAAGAUUAUACCAAACAGAUUGAAGAAUUAAAUGAAAAAUUAAAAAUCGAAAAAAGUAAAUUAGAAGAGAUUAAAAUUAGUCUAAAAGGUAAAACGGAACAAUUUUCAAAUGAAAUAUUGAAAAAUGAAAAAGAAUUAGAACCUUAUCAAAUACAAUUACAAGAAAAAAUGUCACAAAUCCAACUACUUCAGUCUGAAAUUUCAUUAUUAAAUGAAAAUAAAGAUAAUCUAAGUAAUGAGAUUAUUUCAAUAAAAAAAUUGAUUGAGGAGAAGAAAUUAUCUGUAGUUAGGAUGUCAGAAAAAAUUACAGGCUGGAAACAACAAUUACUUGAGCAGAGAAAAGAAGUUGAAUCAGGUGAUAUAGAAUUCAAUAAGUUCACCAAAAAGAUUCAAGAGAUGCGAGAUAAAUUAGAUUCUCACAGACAAAAAGCUAAUGAUUCUAGAACCUCUUUAUCGAAUGUUCAAAAUAAAAACUCAGUCUUAACUGCCUUAUUCAAGUUACAAAAAUCUGGUAGAAUAUCUGGGUUCUACGGUAGAUUAGGUGAUUUAGGUGUUAUCGAUGAAAAAUAUGAUGUAGCUAUUUCAACAGCAUGCCCUCGACUUGAAGAUUUAGUAGUCGAUUCUGUAGACUGUGGCCAACAGUGUAUUGAUUACCUAAGAAAAAAUAGACUUGGUUAUGCCCGGUUUAUUUUAUUGGAUAAAUUAAGAAAGUUUAAUCUUAACCGUAUUGAAACACCAGAUAAUGCACCUAGAUUAUUUGAUCUAAUACAGGUUAGGGAAGAUAAAUUUUUACCGGCAUUUUAUAGUGUCCUAAGAGAUACUUUAGUCGCAACAAACCUUUUGCACGCUAAUAAAGUUGCAUAUGGUAAGAGGAGAUUUCGAGUUGUUACAUUAGAUGGAAAACUGAUUGAUAUUUCAGGUACCAUGUCUGGUGGUGGUAAUUAUGUAUUAAGAGGUUUAAUGAAGUUGGGUCAAGAUCUUCCAGAAAAUGACUUCGAACAAACAUCACCCGAAGAAGUUCAGAAAUUAGAAAGAGAACUAGAGAUUCUUGAGAAAAAUUUUAAAGUUGCAUAUAAUUCAUUAAAAGAAAUGAAUCAAGAAAUACUCCAUAUGAAAGAACAAAUCCCAGCCACUGAAUUAAAUAUUUCAAAGACAACCAUUGAAAUUGAAUAUUGUGAAAAUGAAAUUAAGCAAUUAAUUUCACAACUGAAAGAGAAACAGGAAAUCCAUGAUCAAGAAUCUAACAAUAACGAUGAAAUUAAAGUAGCAGAUGAUAAAUUACAAGCAUUGAAGAAAGAAUAUUAUAGUUUGAAUGAUCAAACAAAGGUGACAAAACAAGAGAUAGAGAAAUUGAGACAACAAAUUAUGGAUGCUGGUGGUAUUGAGUUGAAAAUGCAAAAUUCUAAAGUGACAUCACUUGUAAACCAAUUAAAGAUAGUCAAUUCAAAACAGAAGAAUGACAAAUCAGCAAUAAAAAAGAAUAAUAAUAUACUAAAAAAAUUACAAAAUGAACUAAAUACCACAAAAGACAACUCGCUUGAGUUUAAAACGAAUCUAGAAAAUUCGAAAAAGAAAGUUACUCUUCUAUCUGAGGAGCUAGCAAAACUAGAGUCUGAUAUAAACGACACACAAAAUGCGAAAGAAGAAAUACUGUUAAAUAUCGAUGGGAAUAAAGAGAAAGCCCAAGAACUAGAAGAAGAUUCACGUAAUUUUAAAUCAUUUGAAUUAGAAAUUAAAAAUAAAUUAGAUAAAUUAAAAGAUCUAUCACAUCAUUUAGAAAAACAAAUCGGUAAACUUGAUACUGAACUAAAUGCUUUAACCAUCCGUGAAAUAUCUCAGAAUUUAGAAUCAUUUGAUGAGCGUUUAGAGAAAUAUGAUAUAUCUAAAAAUGGGGCAACCGAAGAUACCCAACAUACUUCUUCUGCCCUAAAUUCCGUUUCAAAUAUAAAUACUGACACAAUGGACAUUGAUUCAACUGAUAAUGAAAUAAAUCCUGGCAUUAAACGAUUAUCAGAACUUGAAAUUAAUGAACUUGACAUUGAAUCUUUAGAUGCAGAAAUAGAGAAUUUAGAAGAGCAAUUGGAGCAUUCAACAGCUAAUAUUGAGAUAUUAGAAGAAUACGUAAGACGUUUAUCAGAAUACAAGAAAAGAAAAUCAGAUCUAGAUGAAUCUAUUUCUGAAAAGGAAACUGCGAAGGAAGAGACAGAAGUUCUCAAAAAAAAGCGUUUAGAAGAAUUUACAACAGGGUUUGAUAUUAUAUCUCUUACCUUAAAAGAAAUGUAUCAAAUGAUUACUAUGGGUGGUAAUGCUGAAUUAGAACUUGUAGAUUCACUUGAUCCAUUUUCUGAAGGUGUUACAUUUAGUGUAAUGCCUCCAAAGAAAAGUUGGAGAAAUAUAUCAAAUUUAUCUGGUGGUGAAAAAACUUUAAGCUCUCUUGCUCUCGUCUUCGCUUUACACAAAUAUAAACCAACACCUUUAUACGUUAUGGAUGAAAUUGAUGCGGCCCUUGACUUCAGAAAUGUAUCUAUUGUGGCCAAUUACAUUAAAGAGCGCACUAAAGAUGCUCAAUUAAUUGUUAUUUCUUUAAGAAACAAUAUGUUCGAGUUGUCAAAACAACUAGUUGGUAUAUAUAAAAGUGAAAAUAUGACACAGUCAGCCACUCUGGUAAACAAUGAUAUGUUAAAUAGGGAUACAUAA